GACAUUUCACUGCUGGUUAUAUAUGCUCCAUAUAAUCGUGUAUGUGAAUAAUAAAAAUCUUGAAUCUUGAAUUAUAGGGACAGAUAGUAAUGCUGUGUUAACUGAUCAAGUUGAAGAUCGCAUUGGGGAAAACUAUUUUUAUGCCUAGACGGUCUCGUGCACAGAGAUCUGCAACAAAUGCCUGAGGAGAGAAGUGUGAACAGGUUGUGGUCGGGGUGAGAGGGGUCUGUGAUGAUGAUACCAGGCUGUCUCUCUGUAUACGGAAAGUUGGGCAGGUGCACACCAAUGAUCCUUCCAGCUGUCCUAAUAUUUUCUGACUGUUAUAGAAGUCACAGAACCGUAUCAAUAACAGCUGAGUAAAACUGUAUCACUGUACCUGUGGCAUUGAACUUAUUCAGUUGGUAAAAAACACUGAUCAGAAUUACAGGAAGUAAAAAGGAAAAGCUAAAAAAAAGUCUUUCCUGUCCGGUAAUAUAAGAAGAUGCUCAGAUGAUAUUCCGCACACGUCAGUUUCUUGAAACUCAACACAACCUUUGGAUUCAUUUCUUCACUGUGAACACAUCAUCUAAAACAAUGAGACAUCUGAUGGUUUUGCUGUUUCUGGUGAUCUUCUGCUCUCUGCCGCUGCAUGCAAGUUUUUCCCAUAUUUUGUCUAAAUCAACAUGCUGUUCUGAUUUCUUCAAUGAUCCGAUUCCUCUAAAACGGGUAAAGUUGUACUAUAGGACUGGCAGCAGCUGCUCCAAACCAGCCAUUGUGUUUGAGACUGACCAAAAGAAGAUUUGUGUAGAUCCACAAGCCAACUGGGUGAAACACCAUAUCUCUGAAAUUGACAAAAGGACAACUACUACUAGAUUAAAAACUCAAAAAACUUUGGUUCGAAAACCAAAUUUUAAAACAAAAAACACUGAAACCAGCAAGGAUAGCCAUGAUAUUGCUAAAAAAAACAACAUGAGAACUAUAACAACACCAACAACCCAAACCAUCACCAGGUUGUUUCAAGAGCCAGAUUUCACAACAGUAAACAUUAAAGGAGACAAAUUCAAGAUGUGUUUAGCUUCUAAAAUAUAAUGUUGCAAAGUUAGAAGGAUGUGAAUGACUGUUUAUAUAAUGUAUUAGCAAAUCAAGUUGUAAAAAUACCCCUCUCGGACAUCAUCACUGAAAUUGACCACAUAGUUUCCAUCUCUCUUCACCGUGGUUGUAUCUUCCUGCUAUCAGAAAUAUCAAACAUAUCAAAUUGUGUCUACAUUCUCUGCUAUACUGUCUCUUCUUUGCUACUAGUUUGACUGAAAUAAUAUAUUAAAAGAGUUUAAUUAUUGUUUCCAGAACAACGCACUGGUUAAAUCUACACAAUAUUGUACUGGAUUCAUUAUUGUAUGCCUCUAUAUGUGCACAAUGGGUUAAUCUUAGAGGGAGGGCUUUAUGGUCAUUUCAACUAUAUUUGUCAGUGCAGUACAUAGUGAAAUGAGUCAAUGUUUUCCAGGACCAUGGUGUUGCAUACAAACACUGAACUAACCACAUAAUUUGCAUGUGAGCAACCUAUAGUGCCAACUGAGUAAGAGAAGAAAGACAGCGUAACAACAAUACAAUACAACACGCAAGGAAUAA